AUGACAAUUAAUCUACUAGCUACAAAUCGAGGAUUUAUUACUCGACUAUUGAAACAAAACUAUAACUUCAGACGCUACAUAUCCAAUGUCAACUCCCCAUUUCAAGAUGAUUUAUCCGAUAUAGAUUUAGAUGAUUUUGGUCUUGGUGAUUUUCGUCAUUAUAAAGAAUCACCAGAAGUAGCAAAUUAUAGGAGGAACCAACUGAAGGAUCUGAUAAAUGAUGAACUUCCCAAAUCGCCCGCCGGCCCACAAAUUGGCCAGUUGGAAUCAACUGCAACAAAGAAUGAGCCAAUAAUUUUUAUAUCGAAACUUGCUGAUCCAUAUUUGAACUUGGCCAUUGAAGAUUAUGUAUAUAGCAAAAUCCCCAUUAGCAAAACCACCCCAUUUAAAGCACACAGACUCAUGUUUUAUACAAAUGCACCUUGUGUUGUAAUUGGCAAAAAUCAAAACCCUUGGAAAGAAGUUAAUAUACCCAAGAUGAAUCAAUUCGGUAUUCCAUUAAUUAGAAGAAGGUCAGGCGGUGGUACUGUAGUUCAUGAUUUAGGUAAUGUCAAUUAUUCAUUCAUGGGUACAAAGCAUGAAUUUGAUCGAUUUAAAUUUGUCAAUUUGAUUGUGGAAGCAGUCAAUAAGUCAAAUAUUACAUCAACAAAGAUUAAAGUGAAUUCACGAGGUGAUAUCGUGACUCAAGAGGGAAAUGGUGAGAAUGGAUUGAAGAUUAGUGGGUCAGCUUAUAAAUUAUCUCGUGGGAAAUCGUAUCAUCAUGGAACUAUGUUACUAAACCUGGAUUUAAACAGAUUGAAACAGGUUUUACAUCGAGAUGUAACAGUAUUGGGAAUCAUUGAUACAACUAAAACUAUUGAUUCUGUCAAGGCUAAAGUCACCAACUUGCAAAUUCCAAAAGAGGGCUUUGUGGACCUAGUUUCCAAUGGAUUUAAAUUUGAAUAUGGCAUACUGAAUGCAUCCACCACUGAGAUAGAGAGUGAAAAUGACGAUCCAAAUAAGGAAUUCAACGAAAUGAUGGGAUUGACUGAUUUUGUCCAAGCUGUUAAAUUAACCAAUUGCUUUGAAAUUAAUGAAUCAGUCGAGUUACCUCAAGAGGUGUACACCAUUGCUGAGGAAUUGAAGUCAUGGGAAUGGAAAUUUGGUCGUACUCCUUUGUUCACUCAUACACUUAGCAACUCAAAAUUGGGAAUUUGUGUGAAGUUGACAGUAGAUAAAGGUCUAAUUGUGAGUGUUUGCUGGGGAGGCGAUCUGGUUGGUGAUUCUGCUUUAUUAAAAGAAUUGAAUGAAAAAUUGUGUGGAGUUCAAUAUAGAGGUGACUUGGUUGAGCAGUCAUUACGAGGAAAUAAUGCUACUCGUGAAUUAGGCAAUUGGCUACACAACUCCAUCGAUAGAGUAUAA